GGUGUCCCCAUGUGGCAGAUAAGAAAUAUGAAAUCCCCACGAAAAUAGAUGGAGAAUAAAGGUUGUAUUAAGCUGGAAUCUUUCUUUAUGAUUUUUUCUUUUCCUUUUCCUUUUGCAGUUCAGUCCCUGCCCAAUAAAGCUUCAAAAGCACUGUUAUAAAGCUUACUGUCGGUUAAACUUAAACCUUGAAGAGCUUCAAAAAACCCAUGUCACUAAGUUGUCUUCGUUUGUCAAUUGUAAAUUUUCAUAUCUAAAUUUUAAUUUAUUCAUCCCACAAAUCAGGUUUUCAAGUAGAAAAAUAUAAGGUUUGAGAAUCUUGAAAUAGUUAUGAAGGCCUAAUUUGAAGUUUAAGGUUGCUUCAUUUGAAGGUAAUUCAUCAGAAAUUGUUCUUGGAGAAUUAAACUUGGAUAAAGGCUUUCACUGGAGAGUAUCCAAGUUCUGAUUCACAAAUUUAUUGAUUAAUAAAUUUUAUACCUCUGUAGUUUCUAGCUGAUGGCAGAAAAAUUAAGCCAUAUAAAACUUCUAGUUUUGCUUGUCCUCUCAAUAUCAGUCUCCUACACAGAGCAAUUUCAAUCAUCACAAACACAAACCCUUUUGAGGAUUCAACACCUUCUAAACUAUCCACCUUUUUUGAAAAGUUGGAAUAAUGUCACAGAUUUUUGCAACAUGGAACCGAACUCGACUCUGACUAUCGUAUGCUACGAAGGUAGCAUAACUCAGUUGCACAUUAUAGGAGACGAGGAGGCUCCUCGAUUACCCAAUAAUUUCUCCAUUGAUUCCUUUGUUACUACACUUGUUAUGCUUCCGAGUUUGACAGUCCUAAGAUUGGUUUCUCUUGGUUUAUGGGGUUCUUUGCCUAGUAAACUUACACGUUUAUCAUCGCUAGAAAUACUAAACUUGACUUCAAAUUUCUUUCAUGGCACUAUACCGCCUGAAAUUUCUUCAUUGACACGCCUUCAGACUCUAAUACUCGAUAGGAAUAACUUUACUGGUGGACUUGCGAAGAGCCUGGAAUCGCUUUCAGCUUUGGCCGUAUUGAGUGUGAAGAACAAUUCUUUAUACGGGUCUCUGUCCGAUUCACUUGGAAAUUUGGAAAACCUCAGAGUCCUUGCAUUGUCGAAUAACAAAUUCUCCGGUGAAGUACCUGAUCUUAGCAGUUUGGCUAACCUACAAAUUCUUGAUUUGGAGAACAAUGCUCUUGGCCCUCGAUUUCCCGCAGUUGGUAAUAAGAUUGAACGGAUUGUGUUAAGGAAAAAUGAAUUCACAUUCGGCAUUCCACAAGAAGUUCAAUCCUAUAAUCAACUUGAGCACUUAGAUAUAUCGUCCAACCGUUUUGUGGGACCGUUUCCAGCUUCCUUGCUAUCCCUACCAUCGAUUGCUUAUGUCAAUAUAGCAGAUAACAAAUUCACCGGCAUGCUUUUCGAAGAUCUUCCCUGUAAUCCCGAUCUCGAUUUUGUGAACUUCUCUUCAAAUUUGUUGACUGGAAAAUUGCCUAGUUGUUUACGUCCAGGUUCCAGGAAUAGGGUAGUGUUAUAUGCUGGGAAUUGUUUGGUAACAGGAGAUAAUAAUCAGCACCCGAUUUCGUUCUGUAAAAACGAGGCUCUAGCUGUGGGAAUCAUACCUCAUCACGAGAAGCGAAAAGUAAUUUCCAAAAUAGCUCUUGCUUUAAGCGUAACCGGAGGAAUUAUUGUGGCGAUUAUAGUAGUUGGUAUAGUCAUUUUGGUAGUCAGAAAUUUUAUUGCACAGAGAGCUGGACAUGAACCCCCAUCAAGAUUUGUAGAAGAGAAUGCUUCGACUAGCUACACCUCAAAGGUCCUUCAAGAUGCAAGGUACAUAACCCGAGCAACAAAGCUAGGAGCACUUGGCCUUCCUGCUUAUAGGACGUUUUCACUGGAAGAGCUCGAGGAGGCAACAAACAACUUUGAUACAUCGACUUUCAUUGGAGAAGGAACUCAUGAUCAGAUGUACAGAGGUCAGCUGAAGGAUGGCUCCUUUGUCACGAUUAUAUGCCUGAAAAUGAAAAGAUACCACGGCAUUCAACACUUUAUGCCUCACAUAGAAAUAAUGUCCAAACUCAGACAUCACCAUUUGGUCAGUUCUCUCGGACAUUGCUUUGAGUAUUACUUGGACGAUUCAAGCAUUAGCAGAGUAUUCCUUGUCUUUGAAUACGUGCCUAACGGGACUCUCAGGAGCUGGAUAUCUGAGAAGCAGAUUAAACGAAAACUUACCUGGGCACAGCGCAUCGCAGCUGCGAUCGGCGUAGCAAAGGGUAUCCAAUUCCUGCAUACGGGAAUUGUACCUUGUCUCUUUUCAAAUAAUUUGAAAAUAACUGAUAUUUUAUUGGAUCAGAACCUUGCUGCAAAAAUUUGCAGCUACAACCUGCCUUCGCUAGGAGAGUAUAUGGGAAAAGAGCAUCUCCAAAGUUUUCUCAGUGGAUCGAACGAUUUAAAGAGUGCCAGAGUAAAUCAUCAGGACAAGUUUGAUAUUUAUGACUUUGGUGUAAUGCUGCUAGAAAUCAUUUCGGGGAAACCAUUAAAUUCAAGGAACAAAGUCGAGGUUCUAAAAGAUCAGUUACUUUCCAGCAUAAUAGCCGAUGAUAUAUUGAGAGAGAGUGCCGUUGAUCCAGUAAUCAACAGAUCAGGUUCGGACAAAUCAUUGAAAACGAUGAUCAAGAUAUGCUGCAGUUGUUUGAACAAUGAUCCAGUCGAUAGACCUUCUAUCGAAGAUGUACUAUGGAAUUUGCAAUUUGCUAGCCAGGUCCAGGAUGCAUCGAGAGGAGACUUCCAGAGCAGUGAUGGCUCCCCGAUUUCACCUAUGCAAUCUUCGCACUUAAAGCUCACUAUCAAACAAUAAAUGAAGUUUUAUAGCAUUCCCUCCUUAGGAUUACACCAGAAUAAGGAUCAACACCACUCUCAGGUGUUUCUUUCUUACAUUUCAAGAUCCAGACAUGGAUUGAAAUUCAUGAAAACUUGUCCAUUUUUUCAGUCUUUGGGAAAAGACGAUAUUUUAGCAUAGAUUCAAAGUCAGUGUAAACAAAAUGAUAAACGUUAUAUGCUGGCAAUCUAUUCACUAGCAAAGAUAAAAGAAGCUCUGGAUUUUAUCCCCAUA